CGCCACGGCCGCCAUUGGAGAGCAGCAGCCAUGGCUCUGCGCUACCUUAUGGCCGUGGGCCUCAACAAGGGCCACAAGGUGACCAAGAACGUGAGCAAGCCCAGGCACGGCCGCCGCCGCGGGCGUCUGAGCAAACGCACCAAGUUUGUGCGGGACAUGAUCCGGGAGGUGUGUGGCUUCGCUUCGUACGAGCUGCGCGCCAUGGAGUCACUGAAGGUCUCCAAGGAGAAACGGGCCCUCAAGUUCAUCAAGAAAAGGGUGGGGACGCACAUCCGUGCCAAGAGGAAGCGGGAGGAGCUGAGCAAGGUACUGGCUGCCAUGAGGAAAGCCGCUGGCAAGAAAGACUGA